CAACCCCAAACGCCCCCAGCUCCCACCGCCGGCCCACCACCCCCACUCCACCGCAGCCAAAGCGGACUCGCGCGACUGUGCCUCCCGCCCACACACGCACGCACGUCGCACGGGCGUGUGGGCAUGCAGAUCCUACGCCUGCUCGCGGCGCGGCGUUUCCGCCGCCGCCGCCGCCGCCCGGUGUCCACGAUCACUGCGACGGCGACCGCGCCAGUCACCCCUCGCGGCGGUGCCGCCGGAGGCUGCAUGUACGGGUACGGCGAGGAGGAGGAUGAGGGCCCGUUCUUCGACCUGGACCUGACCUGCUGCUCCGCGCCCGCGUCCAGCGCGGGCAGCCAGGCGGCCGAGUCGGGCUCCGAGUCCGAGGACACCUCGUCCUGCGGCGCCGCCGCCGACGGCGGCGCCGCCGCGCGCAGCGACCUGGACUUCGUCAUAUCGCUGCACCGUAGCCGCCCGUCGUCGCCCUCGUACGAGGAGCGCCUCUUCUGCCGCGGCGCCGCGCCGGCGCGGCCCCCGCCGCUCAUGUUCUGCGCGUCCGAGCCGAGCGACGCCGCGUCGCGCUCGCGCGCCCGCGACAGCAGCGGCGGCGGCCGGCUGCGGCUCCGGACGCUCAGCUUCGGGUCCGCCAAGGCUGCCUUCUCCGGCGGGCGCGCCAGCUUCUCCCGGAGCACCAGCGGCGCGCGCUCGGCGAGGCUCUUCGCCGCGUACGACCAGGACCUGCCGGACGAGGGAAGGGCGCUCAGGCCGCCCUCCGGCGACGUCAUCCGCCGCUACCUGAGCAAGAUCUCGAGCCGGCUGCGGCGCGUGGGCGUGGGCGUUGGCGUGUCUCAUCCCGCUGCCGCUACGGACCUCCGGCUGAGGAAGAGCCGCUCGGCCUCCGCCGCGCAGGCGUCCUCGACGGCCCAGUCGCCGCCGCCCCGACGCGACGACUCGCUAGCCGAGAAGCAGGACGGCAUCGCCAGCGCCAUCGCGCACUGCAAGGAGUCCCUCCACCGAGCGUCCGUGUCGGAGGCGGUGGACACGUCGCUGGCGCGAUCGCGGAGCGACCCAGGGCCGUAAUCUGUAAAGCUUCGUCGUGGACGAGGACGCUGGGUUUUCUCAUCCGGCGCCACGCCAUGCUCGCCACUCCGCUCCGGGACGGCGGCGGCGGCCGAAGCUUCGCGCUGAAUCUCCUCGCGAAGGACGCGACGAAAAGACGACGAACUUGCCGCCGCAAGUACGGGUUGCUAAAGGCUCGUGACGAACAUGCAGCGGGCGGAGCGCCUUUAGCCCGCCGUAGGCUUGUUUAUGUGUGCGAAGGAGCUCUUUUCGUGGUUUUAGGCGUGGGAAAAGAGCUCCUUUUAGGAUCCUUUAGCCACUACCUUCCCUCCCUCCCCCCAUGUACAAGCGUGGAUCUGUGUCGCUUCAUUACCUUUUCUUCUUUUUUUUUUCCCGUUCAGUUUUCUCUCUUUUUUUCGGUUCGACGCUUUGUACGAGAGACUUGCAACAGGACGUGUAAUUAGUACGUACUAGUAGCUAGGUGCUCAUCCUUAUGCAAACUUAACAUGUUGGGUUCGUUGUGUCAA